AUGUUGGCUUAUUCUUUAAUUUUGAUCACACAACAACACUCACACAACGGUUCCUGCCCUACAGGUCUCUCCUUCAGUGUGAUUCCGGGUGUCAAGAUCCCACCCAGUCUCGUCAACAUAUACAAAGAGCUGACAACAGACAUUGCUGGCUUCAUGGCACCCAACCACGGCUAUCUGAACAACUGGGCCAAACAAGGAGUACUUCUUCUAAAUGCGUGUCUCACGGUGCGCGAGGGAGAGGCCAAUGCCCACGCCAAAGAAAGGUAG